UGUUUGUUGUACAGCCCUGUGUUCCUUCCAAAAUAUCCAUAGCUAUGUUUAGGCGGCCAGGCCAGGCCAGGCGGUGAAUGACUUGCCGUCUUCACUGCUGCGGCCCUUUUCUCCUGCCAUGAAUGAAAGUGACAGAAGCAGCUUCCUUCUAUUCUUGGCAUUUGCAACUGCCCAAAAGAGUGAAGCCUCCGACUUCAAUCUUCAAUGUCACCGACUUCGAACCUCUCUCUUCCAAGCACAUUUGAUGCCCAAGCACUACUGACGUCUUAACUUUGACACAAAAUCAUGAGAGCCUCACUCCUCCUUACCUUCUCACUCUGGGGAACAGCAUUCCUGGCCGCUGCCCUUCCUACCCAAACGGCUUUACCUCAACAAAUAGCACCAUCAUCACUGGGCCCUACGCCUACACUGGCACUUCGGGCUGCUCUCCCUUCAUUCACGGGCGUUUCCGUCUCAUCAUACUCAUACAGCCAUAAAUCGUUAUCCCUCCAUCUGCCAACAUCUACCUGUGUCCAAACUAUCACGCCGGACAAGAAUGGCUACGUACCUCCAGGGAGCUGUGGAGCGCUGUGGGAUUACAAUCCUUCUUUUGGGGCAGCCAUCGUCUUCUCAGUCCUUUUCGGCAUGCUCCUGAUUGCUCACCUGGCGCAAGCUAUCGCGUACAGAAAGGGUUUCUGCUGGGUCAUCGUCAUGGCAUCGUUGUGGGAAUUUGCGUCCUAUGGUUUCCGGACUGCAGGUACCAGGCAUCAGCAGAGUAGUAGCCUCGCAACCGUAUCCCAGAUUUUGGUGUUGCUGGCACCCAUAUGGGUGAAUGCAUUCGCCUACAUGGUUUUUGCUCGCAUAGUGCAUUUCUUCUCGCCGACGAGAAAGGUGUGGAAGAUCAGUCCCUCCAUAUUGGCUUUCAUCUUCGUCAGCCUCGACAUCACUUCCUUCAUCAUUCAGCUGAUCGGCGGCGGUAUGGCUGGACCUGGGGCAUCUCCGGCAGCACAGCAAAAAGGUGUUCACAUUUACAUGGGCGGCAUUGGACUUCAGGAGUUUUUCAUCGUUUGCUUUUCGGCCCUUGUCAUCAAAUUCCACUUCGAACAGACGACAGCGGAAAAGACGGGUCGCUUGGCAGGUGACAAAUUGCGCUGGAAAUGGAUUCUCUAUGCCUUGUAUAUCUGUCUGCUGGCGAUCACCGUGCGCAUCAUUUUUCGCCUCAUCGAAUUCUCUCGUGGCUUUGGCACCAACAAUCCUCUCCCGCACAAAGAAGCUUACUUCUACGCUCUCGAAGCUCUACCUAUGUUCUUCGGUAUCCUGAUAUGGAACGCCAUACAUCCGGGAAGAUUCAUGCAAGGCCCAGAUGCGAAGUUACCACCGAGCUGGCUGAGUCGCAAACUCUGCUGUUGCUGCCAUCGAAAGGGCAAGUCCCGUGGUGGGCAUGAAAGAUUAGCGUCGAAUGCAAAUUACGAGGAGCUCAAGGCUUUACGAUCUAGGGACCCAUCUCCCGCGCAGGCUGAGAGACGUGGACAGCCUUACGACUACGAAUAUCAGCCAUCGGGAGAUACAUUGAAUGUGCGCGAGCCAUUCCGGCCCAUGGGUGCAUACAACCCACCGAGCCGAGGGGUCAGUCCUGCACGGUCAGCACCGCAACCUACAUCUUGGGUUGAUGCAUGAUGCCAGACUCGUGUAUUCACACCAUUGCGCUGUACGUGAAGUCGUCUACACAGGCUGGGGACCAAAAGAUAUGGGGCCAUGGCGUCAGUAGCCAGCAAUGCAUUUGUUCUCUUUAGGUAGGCGUCAUAAUAAAAGAACUGAAUGGAAUCAACCGGCGUUGCGUAUUGCUGUUACUCGUGAGCAGCCGGACCCUAGCUCUUUCUCAGCCGAUGAUUGUGUACUCUUAGGUCCGUGUUGACUGUUAUAUCAAGAGCAAUGACUGCAAUCCGAGUCGUAGACCGAAAGCGAGAGUGAGACUUUGAAUCGUACAUCACUACAUCACUUCGGAUCGAAUGG